GCCGUCAAUAUGAACUCCGUGUGGACCUCCAUACGAUCCCUCAUGCAAAUGUUCGAUGGCAAAACAAAGGACUUCAUCAAGGACAUUGAGAGUGUUGACAUGGUUUGGCUUGAAGAGAUCCAACAAGAAGCCAACCGAAUGUUCUCGAGAGAUUUCAAUGCAGAACCAGAAUUAAUGCCAAAAACACCAUCACAGAAGAAGAAUAGUAGAAGGAAGCGUGUGUCUUUGGGGCGCCAGGAGGAAAAUCAAACUGGGCGAAGGUUCUCCAAGGGAAAGCGCAGUAACCUUCGUCGCUCAUCUGUAAAAUCACUGGACUUCAUUUCUGAAGAGCAGGUCAUCCCGCAAGCUUCCACAUCUGAUAUCAGCACCACCACUCCGCCUAAACGCGCCACCCGCAAAAACAAAAAAACAAAGUCUGAGGUGGUAGAGGAUGUGUGUCAGUUACCUACUGUCAGCCGUAAAACUGAGGUGGUAGAGAACGAGAAGCCUGAGGUUGUAGAGGUUGAAGAGAUGGACCACAAUAACCUGUCAGACGGCCCAGAAGAAAAAUCAAACGACGAAUGUUGUGCUGCUCCAUCUCCCCCUGAGAUACCCUCACCGGACGUUGUCGUCAGCAUCUCCUCUGCUGAUCGUCUGUCUGCUGAGCUUGCUGUACAGCCAGACCCGUCUCCUGGCCGAACAGCUGCUAAGAUCCCAAUAGCUGGCCCGGCUCAGAGCUCACGCCGCAGCUCCGUGCGCUGCUCCCUAAAGGUCCGGCACUCUCUGGCGGGUCUGCGACACAGCAUGACCCAGGAGUCUGUUCGCCGCGCCUCACGCCGCUCCAUGCUUAAGAAGAAGGCGGCUCGCAUGGGGAACUCCACAUGCAGCAGCAGCAACCUGGAUGAUGACUCUUUAAUGGAGGAGGAGGUGGAAGCAGAAGAGGUGGUGUUAGACGCUGCACCUGGAGACACCGUGGACAAUGCAACACCUGAGAAAUCUCCAGAGAUCCAGGAGAAACGUGUCCAGCCGUCCCUUGCACGCGUAACUCGAUCAGUGGCUGCAAACUCUCCCAAACUGGCUCCUCCAUCAUUGUAUACCUCUGAGCUAACUGUGAGCACUCCCAACAGGAAGCCAGGUGAGGAAACUUCCCACUAAUCAGUCACGCCCAGAGCACCAAACGCACAAGCACCAGAUACUGUAGAGGAAAGUCCCACAAAGAGGGUUCUCUCCUCCAAAAAGAGGUCAAAGCAGUCAGAACCCAACAUGAGAUCUUUCCUCCACCCUGUACAAAAGAACCAGAUGUUGAUGACACCAAGCUCCCUCGGCAGGGCCGGUGCCAUCAAGUCCUUCAUCAAACACACCACACCCCUAAAGACUGACUUUAAGUUGAGCUGUGGUACAGUGACAAAAGAGCGCCACAAGCUGGAGGCACUUAAAAAGAAGCAGGAGCAAGAAGAGGAAAGAAUGAAAAAAAUGGAGGAGGAGAAGAAAAGAAAACAUGACGAGCUUAAAAGGAAGAGGGAUGAGAGGCUAAGAAGAGUGUUUGAGGCUAAAGUAAAAGAGGACCAGAGGGAGGAAGAGAAAAAAAAGAAGAUUGCACAAAAAAUGGCCCAGAUCGACGAGAAAAUGACAAGCGUGUGGCGGAGGAGGAAAGCCAAAAAGAAGGUGGCCCUUAAACGACAGGAGGGAGCUAGAGCUAGAAAAAGUUUGGAAGAGGAGGCUAGAAAGAAGAAGCUUCAGGAGGAAGAGAAGGAGUUACUCGCCAAGAAGAAAGCAGAGGAGGAACAGCAAGCUCGUAAGCUAGCCGAAGCUCGCAGAGCGCUGGAGCUGAAGAGAGAGCAGGAGCGGGAGAGAGAACGGCAAGCUGCUGUUGAAAGGUUAGUCAUAAUUAACUUUAGAGCGAGUGGAAAAAGAAAAGCUCUUGCUCUGCACCGGGAACUGGAGAGAGCAGCAAGAGAGAAAGAGAGGAGAGACCUGGAGGAGAAGAGAAAGGCGCUGGAGGAGAAAAGAAAACUGGAGGAGCAGCAGAGACAAGCAGCACAAGAGAAGGCUGAGGAGAGAGAAGUUGCUCGGCUGAGAGAAGCUGCUGCAAAACAGGCUGUUGAGUGUUUAAAUAUACAUGUACCUCUUUUCUUCUUGCAGCGCUCUGUAAUGACCACGCCUGUAGGAAAAGGCGGUGGCCUUAACGUGACCGUAGAUAUUGAGCAAUCACCACAGUCCUAUGCCAUCACUCCAAAGGGAGGCAACAAACCUCUGAUGUCCAAAAGUACAGAAGAUUACGGAAUGGACCAAAACAGUGAUGACUCGACUGAUGACGAAUCUGCCCCAAGGAAACCUAUUCCAUCCUGGGCAGAAGGUCAAAACCUGCAGCAGAUCAUUAUGGAGCAGUACUUCAAUCCUCCUGAUCUGGACUCUUUCUUCGGGGUCAUUGAACCACCAAAACGAAAUAUCUUUUACAAGAGCAAGCCACGCUACUUCAAACGCACCAGCUCUGCUGUGUGGCACUCGCCUCCGAAUGCAACCAAAUAAUGUCUGUACAUUGAAAGCGAUUUCGUUGCUGUAUAAAUUUUAAUGUUUAGUUUUCUGUCUGUUUUGAAUAAAGGUUUUAUGUGAUACACAAGUGAAGAAAUCAAUGCUUCAUUGUUGUACUUGAAAAUUGGGAGGUUACCCAGUGGGAUGUGAAGUCUAUGCUGUAUGAUAAGUUAAAACUUGAAUCUGUAUCAUGUAUAUUCUGCCUGUUUAUGCUAGAGUUCUUAAGUUGGGGAUGUAUUCAAGUUCAUUAAAAGGUUGGAUCCACCAAA